GCGUGCACGCCUCAACACUAAUAAUAUCGACCUUGCCCGCAUCAGUUCCACUCACGUCAGGGCUCAGUUGCUUUCUUAGCCGUCUUCGCGGUUGAGAUGCAUUGAGUCGUCGCUCGUUGGUCUGACCGUCAUGGAUCACCAUAGCACCUCCCGGCAUCCGCCCGCCCGCCAGCCGCUAGGCGACGCAACCCAAAGACUCAACCAUGCCACUGUCGCCCACAUCAACCGCCGUCACCAGGCCGCCGAUGUUGAAAACCACAUCUUGGCCAAGUCCAAGAACGCCAAUCGUGGCCGCUCGAACCCCGUUGUUACCGUCAACUAUGCUCCCGUUGAGCAACGUACUCACCGCAUUCCAGCGCCGGCGGUGCAAGUUGAACCUGGCCCAGCAAACUCCCGCCUUAAUGUCGUUACGCAGGACCUCCAGGAUGCUUCUUCUGAUGCCCGGCGCGUUUCCCAGUUUUCUAACGUUUCUUCGACCGCGUCUACCACGCGCCAACUCAAAACCCACAUCGGCCCAUGGCAGCUCGGCAAGACGCUGGGCAAGGGAUCAUCAGCACGGGUCCGCCUAGCCCGUCAUCGCGUUUCUCAUCAGCUGGUGGCAAUCAAGAUUGUAGCCAAGAGCACCGCCCAUAUGACCCAAGCGGGCAGUUUAGCCAACCUGGACCAUAUCGACUACAGGAAGCCCGCCAUCGGUGCUGACGGUGGUCUCCGCCGGAUGCCGCUGGCCAUUGAGAGGGAAGUGGCCAUUCUCAAGCUCAUUCGUCACCCCAAUAUCAUCGAGCUCCUUGACAUCUGGGAAAAUCGCUCGGAAAUCUAUCUGGUCACUGAGUACGUCGAGAAGGGGGACCUCUUUGAGUUUAUCAACUGGAAUGGGCCGCUCCAGGAAGAGGAAGCCAUCUUCUACUUCCGCCAAAUAAUGACGGCUCUCGAGUACUGCCACACGUUCAACAUAUGCCAUCGCGACCUUAAGCCCGAGAACAUCCUGCUGAAGGCGAAUGGCCAGAUCAAAAUUGCCGACUUCGGCAUGGCAGCCCUGCAGCAGGACCCCAGCCACCAGCUCCGAACUGCCUGUGGAAGCCCUCACUACGCCGCACCUGAACUGCUCCGUCACCAAUUCUACAAGGGUUCGGCUGUGGAUAUCUGGAGCAUGGGCGUAAUCCUAUUCGCGAUGUUGGCUGGGCGCCUCCCAUUCGACGACGAUGACAUGGCCGUCAUGUUGACGAAGGCUAAACGUGCAGACUACAAAAUGCCGCUGCACCUGACGCGGGAGGCGAAGGACCUCAUCCGGAGGAUCCUAGUGGACCAACCCGCGCACCGCAUUACGAUGAAGCAAAUGUGGCGACACGCACUCAUCAAAAAGUACGACUAUCUUGACCAAUACCAGAAAUGGGAUGGGCAGUCUCAAAAUGCCCUGCGCAGCAUGGGUACCGCGCCAACUCCGGAAGAAAUCGAUAUUCAGAUCUUGCGCCAGCUGAAAUCUCUCUGGCACACGUACUCGGAAUCCGCUCUCCAAGAGAAGCUUCGUCAAGAAAAGCCAAAUGAUCAGAAGCUUUUCUACUGGCUGCUUUACAAUCAUCGGGAGGCUCAGCUAGAGAAUUACAACAACAACGUGCCGAUCUCAAAGAGCGAUUUCCAUCACCUCAAGCCACCCAACUGGGGCAAGCGCAUCUCGACUUGUCAGUUCAUGAAGCCUGGCCGCAAUGGGCAUACCCGGACCGUGUCCCGGUUCACGGUGAUCUCCAACGUUGCGGACGUUGAUGAUGUCGGCACCGUCCGGAGCUACGACCCCUACAAUGCAUCCCGUGUCUUGCAGCCAUGCGGCUCGCAGGUGAGCCACGCCAAGAUCAUCAUUCACCGGAACACCCCGGUUCCGGGCGUUGGACCAUCUCCGACCAGCGUUUCUCAUUCGUACCGUUCAUACCGGUCGGUCAAUGGCUCCUUCCGUCAGCGGGCGGGAACUAGCUCACGGCGUACGAGCACCACCGGCCAGCUGAGAUCGCCUCAAACCUCAGUCAGCUCCAUCCGCAGUCAACAAAGCAACCCUCGCGUCCGUGCGAACAACCGAUCCAAGCGCUCCGUCGACUUUUCGAGCGUCCGCAAUAAGGGUAACCACCAUCGCCGGAACCGCCAUGCGUCACUGGCAGCUCCAGCUAGCACUGCUGGCGAUAACACCACAUACGACCGUGACACACUCUCGCCUUCCAGCCAGACCAUUGACUUGGAUGCUCAUCAAGUCGUAACUGCUCGGUCGAUGAUGGAUAUCGGUGACACAACGGACGAUACCUUCAUCUGGACCGAGGAGUUGGAGCAGCUCGGGCACCGUAUCGCUCGUGAUUGUGACGAGGCUUUCCGGAGCUCCCUUAUCACGUCGGAGUCUGGCGAAGUCGGGGCUGAUUCUCGCGAAGCAAGCCCGUUCAUGCUCUCCCUGGGGACACUGCCGGUGGUACAGGAACGUCCGGCUUCCGCGUCGGGUGGCCGCCCCUGGGACAACAGACCCCUGCCACCUGUCCCGUCUCAGACCACCAUCUCGCCUCUAUCGAUCCGCAAGUGCAGUCUGACUACUGAAUCUUCCUCUUUGCCGGCGAAACCGCACGGAUCCCACUCAAGGUUGGAGGUCCCGGCCCCUGAACGCCGGGUUGUUUCCGAGCCUGUGUAUGAUCGACGGGGUAAGGAUACGAGGCCAUUGCCCUCUAUUUACGAGAACACGUCGGACGACCGGAUGAGACGCAAUGACGGUAGGCAUGACGUCGUUUCGAGCUCUCUGGAGACGCCUACCCAUGUUAAGAACAAAGGGCUGGACUUUUUGGGGAGAGCCGAAAAUACCAUACGUGUGGUCAAUUCGCCGUCGGCAAUAGGGGCUGACUGCCCGGUCAAGAUCCCCGAACCUCUCAAUGUUCGCAAAGUGUCUCGAAACACCGGCGCUACUAAGCCGGCAGUGGCCCACCCCCCUCAGGACGCGCAGAGACGCGCAUCGUGUGGCUCGCAACAGAAGAUCCAGUUGACGGAUGGAAAUGGCAUCGACGCCGGCCCGCCCAAGAAAAGAAUCUCAUCCUGGUUCAAACGUAACUCGAAUGAGAAUGCUAGCGGAUCGAGCUUUGCAACUGUGACCGACAGCAGCGUCCAGUCUAAGGACACUCUCGUAGACUCGCAAGCCAGUCAGCCUAGCCGCCCGAUAUCGCAAACCACAGAAGAUACCUCGCUCCGGCAUGUGCAGAAAAAGAAGUCGUUCGGCUUCGCUUUUUGGAAGGGCGCCAAGGAUGAGGCAAAGAUGUCGCUUGCGGAUUCCGAUCCCGAUGAUAAUCGCAACCGCACUGAGAAGAUAACCAAGAAGCGGACGAGUAGAGAAGCCAGGAUCAUGAGUGGCACAUCGCACAGCGCCUGGUCCGAAAGUGACGGGGGCACCCGCAAGAUUGAAGUGCAGCAGAACUGGCUAGCGCGUCUUUUCCGCGUCAAGCCUGCGAUGCGACAUCUCUGCUUCAACAUCCUCAAACGGCGUGCUCGGCAGGAGGUGGCCAUCCUGCUUCGUGAGUGGCGUAAAUACGGGGUCAGGGAUGUCGAGGUCGACAAGGAGCGCAACAUCAUUUUUGCCCGCGUGGGCGCGAAAAACUACCUGAAAUUGAAGGAGGUGUCGUUUGCUGUCGAGUUGAUGACGGUCAUUGAGCACGGCAAGCGCAAUCAGCUCAGCAUCGCCCGCUUUACGCAGGAGAAGGGCGCGGCAAGCAGCUUCCACCGGGUCGUGGACGCCAUUAACUCGGCUUUCGGCGCUCGCACCCUGCUCGUCACUGAUAAGCGGAAGAUCAAUAUGAUGAUCAAGACGCUCAAUUCUUGAGGGCGACAACCAACCACCCUCGAUGUUUUUGUUCUGUAUGGGUCCAUUGCGACUUGGUUCGGACCCCGGAGCGACCCGGGGACACGAACAGUUUUCUAUAUAGUUUUUAUUGUUUAACUCGGCUCGGUUCUAAGUCGAGAGGCGACAUCAUCUGGUUGGCUCCUCGUUGACGGCCUUGGUUACCGACUCUGACGUUGGCUUGUCUCGGAAGAAGCCGUACAUGGAUCGGUUUAACUGGGAGGUCAAGUGGGGUACAGCAUGGGAGCGGGGAGGUGCGAAAUUAUUGGUGUGCGGAUUCGGUAAUGGUGUUGAGUUAGCAUGGUGUUGACCUACUCGUAUCUGAAAAGGGGCAGGGGAGCAGCAAUCCAGGGGUCAUUUUCAGGGGUUGUAAAUAUUUAUUGGGCGAGUUGCUGUCGCCGACGCAGGCAGCGGGGCGUUGUACUAAGUAUAAUUGAUAGUUAAAAUGGAAUUGCAUUGCAA